AUUUUGUUUUAUUGAGAAAAACAAAUUUAGGAAAUCACAUUUUAUUUGUUAUUGUCCAGUUACAUACUUACAGAAAGAGAGAGACCAUGUGCGAUCGUAAUAAUUUUAGCGAAAUGAAGGAUAAUUAUAAAAGUCCUAAAUUGAAAAAACCUACAGCCACACGUACUCGCCGAUUUGAACAAUUCCUUUGGCAGGAACUCUACGAUGAAUACAUACGCCACAACGAACGUUUAAUGAAUCCUCAAAUUGAUAAAUCAAACAGCGAAUACUAUGACGAAUUUUGCAAGGACAUGCCUCCCGUGAAUGAGGCUGCCAAAGAAGCUGUUAUGAAUCGACAUCCUUUAUAUUGCACUACUGCCAUUACACUAUGGAAUCAAACUGGCGACAUAACGAAAGAUUUUAAAAAGCGUUAUUCUAUAACACGUCCGGUUGAAGAUCAAAUCGAACAGUUUGGUUGAUCAAUAGUUUUUUAAAUUAAAUAUGAAAAAUGAAAUUUUAGAAAAAAAUA